AUGAUCAACAAGACCAACUAUAAAGCAUGGAUCACUGCGCUAGCCAUGGCACCAUCCAUUCAAGCAGCUGUUACUUUUCCAUCAUUCCCCACUAUCCAAGACCAAAUCUUCAACUUCCCAAAAUACGAUUUACAUCCACCUCGAAUUCCGCUAAAAUACAUUAGAGGCGUGCCUACAUUGCCGUUCUCGAUUGGUACGCCAAGUCAGGAGUUUGUUGGCAUCUUUGAUACAGCGUCUCCAGUUACCUGGGUCAUGUCUGAUCAAUGUACAUCCAGUGCUUGUUCAGUAGAACCAGAUAGUGAAAAGUUCCAUGCCUACCAAUCUUCUACAAACUACAAAUUUCCUCUUCGAGCCGAUCUUUCCUAUCUGGAUGGCACACAUGUCCAACUCAAACCAGAGCUGGAUGUCAUGCAAUUUGCCAAUAUACCCUUUCCUCCUCAUUUAAUGGCUGAAGCCUAUCAAGUAGAUUAUCCCAAGGGAUAUCUGCCUCCUGCUAAUGCGCGUUUGGGUAUGGGUGAUUUUGGAAGUAUCGAUUGGACAAAGACAAGGUUCAACUUGGAUGCAGCGGAAGUCCCAUCAACAUUAGCUCCUGGUUUCUUGAGAUCAAGAAGAGCAGCUGGAGAUGACCGAUACUCUACAGGUGCUGCCAACACGGGAUCCAGUAAUUUUCGCAAGAGGGGCCCAUUUCUAGAUGCCAUUCUGGAUUCUUUCUUUUGGGUAUUAGGUAUUGAUGACUCAAUGUACACUGGCCCUAUUUAUCAGCUACCAUUGGCCCCUGUUUCUGGUCUUUCAUCUCCAUUUUGGAAGAUCCCUAUUAAAGGAUUCAGAUUUCAUUACGUAAAUGCAUCUACAAGCAAGCCAGAUCAGCAAUUUCCGUUCCAAAAGGGGGCUUAUGGCAAGGUCUAUUCCAGUAGUCCUGUAUUGACAGUGCCCAAAGCUACAGCAGAUGCCAUGAACAGAGCCAUUGGUGCCGUUUAUAAUGAGGCCCUGAACUUAUACACCAUUUCAUGCUCUGCAUACACUACUGCACCAUCGCUGGUAUUCCAAUUCGGGGCAGGUAUUGAUGCUGAAAUACCUCCACAGCAGUACAUUUACAAACUGGAAGAGGAUAGACCCAAUAGUGGCGUCAGCAGUGAUAGCUGUUAUUCUGCUAUCUCUGGCGGAACAGACGAUAUCAAUGUGUUUUUGGGUGGCCCCUUCUUUAGGUCGUUUUAUUUGGUUUAUCAGUUCAGUGGACAAAGCGUGGGUAUGGCUGAGAGUAUUGCUCAUGUUGGAAAAGUAUAUCUUCGCGUAUAA